AUGUCAAACACAAGCACGGCAGUCGCCAAUGUGAGUGCAAAUGCAAAUCAAACGUCUCACGCGGGGUCUACCAGUCCGCCAGUGUGCAAAAACUGUCACACUUCCACCACGCCCUUAUGGAGGCGAGAUGAGCAUGGCGCUGUACUUUGUAAUGCAUGUGGUUUGUUUUUGAAAUUACAUGGUCGCCCAAGGCCGAUUAGCCUCAAGACUGAUGUCAUUAAAUCCAGGAAUCGUAAAAGUAACAGUCACAAUCACGCUGAUUCACCCAAUGAUAAGAAAAAGAAGGAUGGUUCCCACCAAAAGAAGCGGAAGCUACAAGACGCACGGGAACUACACGCUGCUGAAACUCUAGAGACAUUGAUGAAGAAUGGUGGAUCGCGCACUAAUGGUACUCCGAGCUCCCAUGCAUACCAGAAAAUAUUACCCAAUAGCACCGUCCCUCAGAGCAACUACAAGGUUUCACUGCCUCAUCUGUCAAUGCUUCUGGGUAGUGUCCCUCCUUCAGAAAACACAGACAAGACAGGCCAACAGCUCAGUAAACAUAAUCAGCAGUCGACACCGCAGCCGAUGGGAGGAUAUCAGCCAAGUCGACAAGCUAGCCAACAAGCACCCCCUCCACAGCCUUCGAAACAGCACAAUUCAGCAACUGCUACUUCGGUGGCUUCCCCUAUACUGAACCCUGAAGAACACUCAAUGGAGAGGCAAGCAUCUCAUCUGGCUUCCAUCAACGAAAUUCUCAACAACCAGAAGACAAAAUCUGAAAAGUCGAUCUCUGCAAUUGCGUCACCUGCUAUGCACCCUCAAACGAUGCCCAUGGUUCCAAAUUCGCACUCGCCGAUGAUCACCCCGAUACCAUCGCAUUCGAACGGGUCUCUAGCGCAAGCCAUGAUGACGGAAGCAAAUAACUCGGAAAAUAACUAUCAUGUGCGAACAGGCUCGCACUACUCUAAUUCCCCCCCUCCAAUGGAUUUACAGAAGCAAGCAGUGGAAUCGAGCACUACGAGCAGAAGUAGUAAUGGGGCAUACAAUGGAGACAGCGGGCGCGUUGGUAGUGCAUCGAUGAUGAAACAGCAAGAAAUGGAACUGCAAUCUCCGCUACAUUUCCAACAAAAAAAGCUUCAACAGGAGCAACAGCAGCGACAAUAUGAAGAACAAGAACAUCUGCAAUUGCAGUUACAACUGCAACAGCAGCAACAGCAGCGUCAGCAGCUACAGACACAGACCCCGCUUGCAAUGGUGUUACAAAGCCAGGAAGAAGUGAUAAAAUUAAAGACUAGGAUAAGUGAGCUGGAGCUUGUCACGGAUCUGUAUAAAAGGCACAUAUUCGAACUGGACGCAAAAUGUCGAAUACUAGAAGGAAAGCUAAACAGAGAUUAA